AUGAAGCUCUCUGGGACCUUGAUCUCCUUCAUUACGCUUGCCGGCUCUUCCGCUGCUCAGGCCCAGGUCGCAGCUAACAAUCCCAAUGUUGCAUGCAUUCUCAACAUUCAGGGAGCGAUCUUUUAUUUUGGGAUGCUUAUGUGGUCCGACAUGACACAUUGGUAUACUAAAGGCAUUGUCCGCUCGGAUGCAGUGCCUGUGGCCACAAGCUACGACGCCAACACGCGCACGAUUAGCGGGAUCUCUGCCGAUGGCUCGACUGAUUUACGAAUCUCAGUCUGGCCUUCUGCAAACGGAGACGGUAGCUUGGCCGCUUUUCUAGUUGAUGGAAAUCUUCAUUACAACGGGGUGACCACUCGCAUCGCUACAAACGAUUACAAUGCGUAUGGUUCAGCUUGUCAAUACUACACCGGCGCGGAAGUGAUCAAUUUCAACCUUUGCCACAAGGGCGCGCCACGAUGCUGA